GAUGCGAAACCCAGAAGGGAGCAGAAACGGGCCGCUGGCUCCGCCCUCGCCCGGCCCAGUGGCAGACACUGCUUCCACUUUCCGUGGGAGCGUGAGCCGCUCCGCUGCUCUAAGUUCCCUGGGAUCGGGAUUUCACAGCGGAGGCGCCUGCAUCCCGCACCUCCCUAUACACGACCAGUGUGAAAUCGACAGGGAUGGGCGUCAGGAUGUGGAUGCCAUUCCCCGUGUUGCUCCUGUCCGCUCUGCCCGCAACGUUGCUGAGCGGGGCGGCCGGCUUCACACCCUCUUUGGAUAGUGACUUCACCUUCACGCUGCCGGCCGGCCGGAAGGAGUGCUUCUACCAGCCCAUGCCCCUGAAGGCGUCGUUGGAGAUCGAGUACCAAGUUUUAGAUGGAGGAGAAUUAGAUAUUGAUUUCCACCUUGCCUCUCCAGAGGGCAGAACCUUAGUUUUUGAACAAAGAAAAUCAGAUGGUGUUCAUACGGUAGAGACUGAAGAUGGCGACUACAUGUUCUGCUUUGACAACACAUUCAGCACCAUCUCUGAGAAGGUCAUUUUCUUUGAGUUGAUCCUGGAUAACAUGGGAGAAGAAGUUGAAGGACAAGAGGACUGGAAAAAGUAUAUUACUAACACAGAUGUUCUGGAGAUGAAACUAGAAGACAUCCUGGAAUCCAUCAACAGCAUCAAGUCCAGACUAAGCAAAAGUGGCCACAUACAGACUCUGCUUAGAGCAUUUGAAGCUCGUGAUCGAAACAUACAAGAGAGCAACUUUGAUAGAGUCAAUUUCUGGUCUGUGGUGAACUUGAUUGUCAUGGUGGUGGUGUCAGCUAUUCAAGUUUAUACACUGAAAAGUCUAUUUGAAGAUAAGAGGAAAAUUGUGGAUGGUUCCAAGUUAGACCAGAUGGUUGUCGUUGACGUCCAUGCAGAUGCAGAAGUAGAGGCCAGCGUAGCGUCGGUAGAUCUGGAAGUUCCGGAACUCCGCAAAGUUAGUGUGCUUGGCAUCCCUGACGAUGACCACGGCGUGCACCUCCUCGACUUUAAAGCUUGGGUUGUGUCUGUCUGGUGCCCAUGGGAAACUUCACUGAUCACACCAGCUCACAUUGAAGUAUACAAACCCUCUACUAACUGA